GACCACCAUCUUGGAGUCGCCACAAGUCGUUCAGCACACUUCUCGGAUCCCUUUCAACCACAUACUGGCGAGCUCAGCAUUACGGCCACCGAUCUUUUAGCCUUUCGACCCAAGAACCAUGUGUGACUAUACAAAAGUCCAGUACGCCUGCAACCACCUGCGCUACACAGUGCGCUAUUGGUGCACCAGGUAUCAAGAAACGCACAAGCGUUGUCCAGCAAACGUAGUAGAAGUCGAAUACCGUCUGAGCGAGAGGUGUGGUAAGAUUGCAAGCCCUGGUCUAUCUUACCGCAGCUGAUGGCUAACGUUGGAGCAGGAGACUGCAGGGAAAGCCCUUUGCCGCUCUACACGCUGAAGAGAAAAGGGUCGACGGCG